UCCAGUAUACUACAGUACCCACAAUUCCAAGGAACAGGCACAACUCUAGUCACGUGACAUGGUGUCACAUGUCCUCUGCUUUGUACAAGCUGUAAAUACACCCUCAGCUCAGUCCUAACCGGCGGUGGAGGCUGUUUUGCAUUGAAGGUUACUGAAUGGCUACAACAAAAUACUGACCCUGGCGAUACCGUUGAUAAAACAUCAGCUGCCUUCUGACUGAACUUUGGCCAUAAGAAACUAACCGCUACUGUGAGAUUCCCAGUCCACCCACUCUGAGUUUCUGGUCAACUCUUCCCUUGCUCGGAACCAGCAUUUGGGACUAAUUUUCUUGGGUCGGUAAGGCUUGGCAGGCCGAGCUACAGCCUGUCGACUCAUGGCGAUUAACGCUGAUGUCGAGGACUGGGGCGGAAUUGGUAGAAAUGACUCUGGAGAAAGGGCGUGGCUCUUGCAAAGCCCCAGCGUGGAUACUGACCGGCAUCUUGAGACAGACAGGAGGAGGAACGGGGGAGUGUCGUCUUUGGGAGCAGUCUUCAUCGUAGUCAAUGCAGCACUGGGAGCAGGUCUACUCAAUUUCCCUGCAGCCUUCAAUAUGGCUGGAGGUGUAACUGCAGGCGUGAUGCUUCAAAUGUUCAUGCUGAUCUUCAUAAUCAGUGGACUCGUGAUCUUGGGCUACUGCUCCCAGGUCAGUAACGAAAGCACCUACCAGGAGGUUGUUCGAGCCGCCUGUGGGAAAGUCAUAGGAGUCCUAUGUGAAGUAUCCAUUGCUGUUUACACCUUUGGGACUUGCAUCGCUUUCUUUAUUGUCAUUGGAGACCAGCUGGAUCGCUUGAUAGCUGCAGUGGCUCAUGAAGCAGAUGGUACAGUGAGUGGCCACUGGUACACUGACCGCAAAUUUACCAUCAUUGUUACUGCAGUCCUGGUUAUUCUUCCUCUCUCCAUCCCCAAAGAGAUCGGCUUUCAGAAGUAUGCCAGUGCACUGAGUGUGAUGGGGACGUGGUAUGUUACCAUCGUGGUCAUUAUAAAGUACAUCUGGCCGGAUAAAGAGGUCACUCCUGGCUAUGUUCCCACCAGUUCUUCCUCCUGGACUGCAGUUUUCAAUGCAAUGCCCACUAUAUGCUUUGGUUUCCAGUGCCAUGUCAGCUGUGUGCCAGUGUUUGACAGUAUGAGCAGAAGGGAGAUCAAACCUUGGGGAGUUGUCGUCACUCUUAGCAUGAUAAUCUGUCUCUUCGUUUACACUGGAACAGGUGUCUGUGGUUUCCUGACGUUCGGCUCCAAUGUUAGUCAGGAUGUGUUGAUGUCUUACCCUCCUAAUGAUAUUGCUGUGGCCAUUGCAAGAGCAUUUAUUGUCAUCUGUGUCAUCACCUCUUACCCCAUUUUACACUUCUGUGGCAGGGCAGUUAUAGAAGGACUUUGGUUGCGUUUCCAAGGUGAGCAGGUGGAGGUGUGUGUCCGUCGUGAGCAGAGGAGGCGGAUCCUGCAAACGCUGGUGUGGUUUGUUGUCACCCUCGUCCUCGCCCUCUUCAUCCCAGAUAUUGGUCGGGUAAUCUCACUGAUCGGAGGACUGGCAGCCUGCUUUAUAUUUGUAUUCCCAGGUUUAUGUUUGAUGCAAGUCAAGCUGUCAGAGACAGAUGACCGAUCUGCAAGCUGGCACGGUCUGGUGGUCUUCGGUGUCAUCAUGGUUACAAUUGGAGCUUUCAUCUUCGGCCUCACCACAACCAACUCCAUCUAUCAAGAUGUUGUCAGUUAAAAAGAACACUUUUGUCAGAGACAGUGGUGUCCUCUUUACUGAAGACCGACCGGGGAGGGGGUGCUUAGUCCUGUGCUGCUAUUCUGAACUACCGGAUAAAAUGGAGGAGCAUCUCAUGACACUCAUUUAAAAAAAAAAAAAAAAAAAAUCAAGACCUCUAUGGAAUGUCAUAUCUCUGAUCCCUGUUGAGUUAAAGCUCCACAGCUCUUUACUCUGUCAGGUAGAGACACACCCGCAAUGCCAAGUGACUUCAGACACUUUGCCUUUUAUUUGAUGUAAAGUGCGAAUUGCAUGUUUUAUGUUUGCAAUGAUGAUUUUAACUUGCAGCGAAAACAGAAGUUUUUGGCGGUUUAGCUGUUCCACAGGGUCACAAAAUGACGUCUCUGUCUCUGGACCCUGCAGGGGCGACACAUUCCUGUUUCGUAUACAAGAGCUGAAGGACUUUGUAUAGAAAGAUCUUACAAUCAGACUGAUUCUAAUAAUUAAAUUAUACCAAUCUGUGUUUUAAUAUGCAUGCCAAAGUAACUGUUCCUUAUUGAAAAUGACAUGCUGUGGUUCCCAGGUCUAGUCCAGACCUUAAGCUGGUCCAGGUAAUAGUUUGUCCACAAAUUAAACUGAAUUUGGCGAUGUGUGUACUGCAGGGCUGGGCACUUCAAUCUUGUUGCUUUAAUUUCCAGUCAGAACCGCUAAACGAGUUGAAAAAUGUGAGGAUUUCAAUUUAUCGUGAAAGACAAACUAAUCGCAUCAUAUUUUUAAAUCACAAUGAAAUCAUGAAUUUUUCAGUUUUUAGGUAUCUUUUAUAUUAUUUUUAUAAAGUUGUAAGUAUUAAGAUUGUAAUUUCAUAAUUGACAUUGAGGUUGAAUUGUUAAGAUGAUGUAGUUUGCAAAAGUACGAAGCCACGUUCACAUGAGCCUGCGGGUGUCAUAACGACGAGUUAUUUCAUUGUGCGGAAGAGCACAGCAGCGUCCCUCAACACUGUGAACAGACCUGUGGGGAGUCCAAGUCGAGCUGCACCCCCACAGUCAGGAUAUGAAAAGCUAUUUAGGUUUUUAAUGAGUACUAAUUCCUCACAGCUUUGAAAAUGAGUCUUUGUGAAUGUAUGAAAAAAAAUUGAUGUAAUGUACACAGACUUAAGUUUGCACAUAAUUUACAGAAAACAUUUGGUUCUGAGGCAAGUUAAAACUCUUGAAUGUGAGGUUUUAUUUACUGGAAUCAGUACACACCACUACAGACUUUGUUUCUAGUUUUUAAACUAAGCAAAGUGUGAGCUUUUGUUUUAAUGCCCCAGUAUUUACAACCUUAUUUAACACUUAAGAAAGAUCAUUAAGUUGUACUUCAAGUCAAACCAGUUUAACAUCAUAAACAUACUUUUUUCAACUAAACUAUAAAUGCAGCUGAAAGGUUUGUGAUACGAUAAUCAAGACUGAGAUGAGUGGAUUUAAUCUGACUGUAUCACAUGUAACCUUGGGUAUAUUGUAAACAUGAGAUUCAGGGCUUGACAGUUUUUUGAUUUUACUGUUAAUCCAGCUUUUAUAAAAUGUUUUAUUUGUGGACAUGAGGGACAGAAUGUAAAAGGGAUAUGUUUUUUUUCCACACUGUUGGAAUAAACACAUUUACCAUAUUUUAGAGGAAGGGAAAGGAGCUGCAGUCAGAACAGUGAUGCUGUUUGUCAACAGAAAACAUCUGUGCCAGGUUGCUUCUGUUUUACUGAAUUUUUUUCAGUCUUUGUUGGAAAUAGAGAUGUUUAACUGUUUGUGUCAAUUUCUUUUUUUUUUAACCUUUUGGUUACAAAGUCAUCCUUUUGCAGACAUUUUGUCUGGUCAUGAGUGGACGUCAGGCACGUUUACAAGUUCUGUUGCUGAUUUACCGUGUUUUGUUUUUUUUUUACCCUUGAGGCAUUUGUUAAUCAGAAGUCACAUGUCUUUGUUGUCUUGCAAACAUUAGGUUUGUAUUUUAAUGGAAAUACAUAACAGAACUAGCUGUGACAUCCCAAUACAUGAACUACAAUCAAGGCAUGUGAAUAAAUCUGACAAUCCA